UGUCAUUGACAUGUGAUUUUUGCUCUGUCUGGAGGCACUGGAAUGCUCCUUAAAAGCUCCAUGCUUCUGAACACAUAUUGAAGACGCAGAGGGUUCAUUCCGAGCCCCCCACCACCGGUCCACCACCACCCACAUCUUCAAUUUGAAAGCCGCCUCUCUACCGGGAGAGGAAGGCUCUUUUUCGGUCAGAUGGCGCGUUGCAGUCCGCCCCCGUCAUUCUCCAGCCCACACAGACAGAGAGAGAGAAAGAGAGGCAGCCAGCGACCAAUACGGUGCGCCGGAGGAGGAUUUCUGCCAGUGAUUUCAGACGAUCCACAGUAGGCUGAGGGGAUUUACUACGCCAAUCUGACGCUAUUGCUUCAAGAGACAUCUGUUGUUGGUGAGACUAAGUUCUCAACAGCCUCACUCUCCUUUCUGACCUGAAGAAGAGGUAGUAAGGUGCAGUUAAGAUCUUGCUUGACUGAGCUCCUGGAGCCUUGUGAAGUGAAAAAAAGAGACGCGACACGGAGGAACGUUAACCAGGGAGCAUUCACAAUAACACCAACUGAGUCAGAGAAGCAAGAUAUUCCCCAUCAUGGCCUUAUUUACUGUUAUGAAUGCGUGCCAUGUCUCUGCCACGUACACUCGGGGAGCUGCAGCUCUAUCGGGUGCUGCAAAGGGCCAACCUGUUGGCCUACUAUGAAACCUUCAUCCAGCAGGGCGGCGACGACGUCCAGCAGCUCUGCGAGGCAGCUGAGGACGAGUUCCUGGAGAUAAUGGCUCUGGUCGGCAUGGCCACCAAGCCGCUGCACGUGCGUCGGCUGCAGAAGGCCCUCCGAGACUGGGCGGCGAAUCCGGCCCUUUUCAGCCAGCCGGUCUCCAGCUUGCCUUCCCUCGGGGGGAUCCCGCUGUUUAAAGUGGACAGCACGGGUCCGAGCGGAUCCGCCGGUGGACCGAGGAAGUCUCUGAGCAACGGGCAACCGGGCUCGCCGUGUGAGCGGGAGGAUCGGGCGUGCCUCACGCCCAUGCACAGCGGGAGCCCCCGCAGCCCCUGCUCUCAGGCCUCCCCCCAGCCACCAGACUCACAUUACCGGGAAAAACUGUCCCCUAUGGACCCGCAUUGGCUCACUCCAGAGCCAGAUGGGAACGGCACAUCAGCCUCUGCACCGGCAAACGAAGAAGAUCCACCCAGCCCGCCCGUAGGUCCCCCCGGUCCCUCCACAUCUCCAAGCUCAUCUUCUGCUCCCGCCCCUCUGUCAGCCUGGCCCGGAGGACAACUGGACGGGGAGACGAGCCGCGCGGUGGCGGAAAGCGUAGAUAGACUUCUCAGGACUCUGCCUCGCUCCGAUCCAACAGAGGUGAAAAGUCUGCUGAGGAUAAAUAAGAAGAUCGCCAAGACCGUGGGCCACAUCUUCAAAAUGGACUCCCAGGAUGUGAAGAAGGAAGAGGAGAUCCGCAAAUACAGCCUCAUCUACGGACGCUUCGACUCCAAACGGAGAGAAGGAAAACUACUCACACAGCAUGAGUUAAUUAUCAACGAGGCUGCAGCCCAAUUCUGUAUGCGCGACAACGCCCUUUUACUCAGGAGGGUGGAACUCUUCUCUUUGGCUCGGCAGGUGGCGAGAAAAUGUGCCUACACCUCCACUCUCAUGCAUGCAAGGUCAAACGUGGAGGAGAACAGCGUGCUGCCCCAGAAAAGAGUAAGGCUCGAAGUGACUGCACCUGAGAGCACGUCGUCACUCCUCGGAGCAGACAGCUCAGAGGCCUUGAACCACAGGGCCGACGAUGACAGCCUGUCUGCAGAAAGUCCGGACAGCGUGUCGCACGACGUGAUGCCCUCACAAUGCAACCAGUCGCCAUCGCCGUGCCACGCCACCGACAGCUCCAACCCGUCCACCUGGAGUCGCCAUCUCAUGCAACAAACGCUCAUGGACGAAGGGCUGCGAUUGGCUCGCAUGGUGUCACACGAUCGAGUCGCCAAGGUCAAAUUACAGUCAGACGGAACUCACACCACAGAGCACAUCCACAAAGUUCAGCAGCGGAGCCCGAUCAGUGUGUCCCGGAGUAUUAGCCCAAAUGUCACCAAAGACAGCGUCAAUCACAGAGCAAAGUAAAAAAAAAUAA